AUGGCUACUUACGUCGUCAACGGAGCCUCAAAAGGCAUCGGCUUCGAAUUCCUCCGCCAGCUCUCCGUCGACCCAAAGAACACCGUCAUUGGCAUAGUCCGCAGUCCCGAAUCAGUGCAACCCAAAGUCGCCUCAGAGAUCGGCCGAGACAACAUCCACAUAAUCCAAGGCGACCUGGAUGACUAUGACUCGUUGAAGAAAGCAAGCGACGCAACCGCCAAAAUCACCAACGGCGCCAUCGAUUACUUGAUCGCCAACGGUGGUCGUCUCGCAUUGACAAGCGCAUUCGUCGGUCUCGGCGAGCUAGGUCAAGACCACAAAGUCAUGGAAGAGGAGCUCGCCGCUGACUUCAAGACCAAUGUCAUCGGCAAUAUCAACCUCUUCAACGUCUUCAUGCCGCUGCUGCUCAAGGGCAAGGAGAAGAAGGGAUUGUUCAUCUCCUCCGGGCAUGGUGACCUUGAUCUCAUUAACAACGUUCACCUGCACUUUGCUGGACCGUACGCGGUUGGUAAAGCAGCAAUGAACGUUGCUCUCGCUAAGCUGAAUGCUGAGUAUGCGAAGGAGGGUGUGAUGCUCAUAAGCAUUAGUCCUGGUGUGGUUGAUACUGGGAAUGGGUUUCUGGAUACGGACAAAUUAUCGGAAAAGGAGCUGAAGACCGUUGCGGAAUUCGGCGCCAAGAUGGCGAAGACGUCGCCUGACUUCAAGGGACCCAUUUCACCAGAGGAGUCUGUGCGGAUGGUACUCGGCGUGUUCCACAAGGCUAGCGCUGCGAAUGGUGACGGUGGCUCGUUUGUUUCGCACUUUGGGAAUAACAAGCAAUGGGUGUGA